CAUUACAACAUUUAUUUAUUCAUGACGUAGUGUUAUGUCCUUGUACUUUGAACUUGUGUAAUAUGUGAAGUUAUCAAUAAAGGUCUUUCUGCAUUUCCCCCUGCGCCCCACCUGUACUAUACGUUCCCCUCUUUCGGGGACCACACCGCUGUGUAGGAAAACCCGUUUUCAGGCGUUCAUUAAAAUCAGGCGGAGAUAUUUUCUGACGUUGAUCUUCCAGUCAGGAAGAAAACAUUUCAGAAAACACUUCAGAACAUGUUCGAGAAUGAGGAACAAUGUGUUUCUGAAUUUAUUUUCAUUUUAUUUUGGAGAUCGACAGGGAACGUCUCCGAGAUCGACCGGUUGGCGACCGCUGGUCUAGUACUACAGAUGUGUAACCUGUGGCUCUAUUUUAAUUAUUGUAACUCAGGUUUAUGCAUUAGUCACCAGGUUCAGCUACAGAGCUCAAUUGUUGUGGGGGGAAAACACCAAAUUAAAUAGUUCAGUUUUCAGGGAUUCAACAAAAAUCAAUCAAGAUCACACACAUAUAUUUAUCAUAAAUAAUAAACAUCAAGGUGGACAGUCAUCCGUGUGGUUCACCCUGUGGGCAGCUCUCCAUCUCAUAUCAAGUGGUGCUCCAAGUGAUCAUCUGCUUCAUUAACGUUAACCUGCUACUCAGUCAUACUGAAAAAACAUUUGUUAUCCUUUGGGAUGUUUCAGAUGCAAAAUGUUGUUUUUGGAUUAUUCAUUUUCCUAUUUUUUUCUUCACUCCUUCUUUCAGCUCCUCCUCCAGGAAUGAAGUACAGCUUGAUAAGCCCCUCCCUCUUCCUCCUGCUCUCAAACACAGACGGCUGCACUCUGUCCACACACUUCCUGGUUCCCUCCCAAUAGAGCUGACACGCCCCGUUCACUGAACCGUCACAUGUUGUUCACAUCAGAAGUCAAAGCAGAGUCGCUUCUGAGGAAGUGAAACUCAGACAGCCGUUGCUCCUGAGAGGUGAAAUGGAGCAGAAAGGAGUUCAGCUGGAUCGGGAAACCUUCUCUUGUUCCAUCUGUCUGGAUCUCCUGAAGGAUCCGGUGGCUAUUCCCUGUGGACACAGCUACUGCAUGAACUGUAUUAAAGCCCACUGGGAGGAAGAGGAUGGGAAGAAACUCCUCAGCUGCCCUCAGUGUAGGCAGACCUUCACAUCGAGGCCUAUCCUGCUGAAGAACACCAUGUUGGCAGUUCUAGUGGAGCAGCUGAAGAAGACUGGACUCCAAGAUGCUCCUGCUCAUCACUGCUAUGCUGGAGCUGAAGAUGUGGCCUGUGAUGUCUGCACUGGGAGGAGACUGAAGGCCUUCAAGUCCUGUCUGGUGUGUCUGGCUUCUUACUGUGAGAAACAUCUUCAGCGUCAUUAUGAUGCACCUCCGUUAAAGAAACACAAGCUGGUGGAGCCCUCCAACAAGCUCCAGGAGAACAUCUGCUCUCGUCAUGACGAGGUGAUGAAGAUCUUCUGCCGUACUGAUCAGCAGUGUAUCUGCUACCUCUGCUCUCUGGAUGAACAUAAAGGCCACGACACAGUCUCAGCUGCAGCAGAAAGGACCGAGAGGCAGAGAGAGCUGGAGGGGAGUCGACUCAACAUCCAGCAGAGAAUCCAGGACCGAGAGAAAGACCUGAAGCUGCUCCAUCAGGAGGUGGAGGCCCUCAACCUCUCUGCUGAUAAAACAGUGGAGGACAGUGAGAAGAUCUUCACUGAGCUGAUCCGGCUCAUGGAGAACAGAAGCUCUGACGUGAAGCAGCAGGUCAGAUCCCGGCAGAGAACUGAAGUGAGUCGAGUCCAAGAGCUUCAGGAGAAGCUGGAGCAGGAGAUCAUUGAGCUGAAGAGGAAUGAGGCUGAGCUGAAGCUGCUGUCACACACAGAGGAUCUCAAGCAGUUUCUACUCCACUACCCCUCACUGUCACCACGCGCUGAGUCUACACACUCGCCCGGCAUCGAUAUCCGUCCUCUGAGACACUUUGAGGACGUGACGGCGGCUGUGUCAGAAGUCAGAGAUAAACUACAGGACGUUCUGGGGGACAAGUGGACAAACGUCUCACUGGCAGUGACUGAAGUGGACGAUUUACUGUCUCCUUCACAAGCAGAGCCCGAGACCAGAGCUGGAUUCUUAAGGUAUUCAUGUGACAUCACUCUGGAUCCAAACACAGCAAACACAGAGCUGUUAUUAUCUGAUGGGAACAGAAAAGCAACAGUUAUGAGUGAAGAGGUGGGCGACGAGGAGGAGGAGGGCGUAUGGGAGGUGGGCGAUGAGGCAGAGGAGGAGGGCGUAUGCGAGGUGGGUGACGAGGAGGAAGAGGAGGAGGGCGUAUGCGAGGUGGGCGACGAGGAGGAGGAGGAGGAGGGCAUAUGCGAGGUGGGCAAUGUGGAGGAAGAGGAGGAGGGCGUAUGCAAGGUGGGCGAAGAUGAGGAAGUGGAGGAGGGCGUAUGGGAGGUGGGCGAUGAGGAGGAGGAGGGCGUAUGGGAGGUGGGCGAUGAGGAGGAGGAGGGUGUAUGGGAGGUGGGCGAUGAGGAGGAGGAGGGCGUAUGGGAGCGAGAGAGGACCAGUCCGGGGCGGCCGAGGACGAUCAUGGGGGCUCUGGGACCAGGACCGGCAACGAGAGGGGGAACGUCACGGGGAACCGGGGAUGGGCCAGGGGCGGUACACUGUGUUGACCCUGACGAGGCAGGGGGGAGAGAGAGGCGGGGCCGGCAGGGGCGGGCGAAAUACGGGAUACGAAGCUGCCAGCAGCCAGCAGCAGACCAGGACAUCGGGGACAGGGGGACACGACGGACGGACAGGACUGGAACAUCGGGGGCGGGGCUGGAACCCGGAACGGCGGCGGGGACUAACAUCGGGGCACAGGGGAGCGCGGGCUGGGCGGCGGCAGAACACGGGGACAGAACCGUGUGGAACCCGGACAGUGGCAGAAACAUCGGACUGGAACCGGAACGGAACACCGACGACAGUGACAUGGAACACGGAUUGGAACGUGAACAUGACCGACUGGAACAUCGCGGGAUAGGGACGUACGGCCGACCGGGCCGUGACGGAACACCGGGACUGAGCAGCACAAGGCCAGGGGUGGAGAGGACUCCCAUGUUGUGGAGAUGCACAUCAUGA